CGCCCAGCGCUUUUGGAAUCUGUCGCGGCCCCUUUCGCGCGCUGGAAGACUCGGCGCUCCGUGGGCGUCUGUCAGCCUGUCUUCCGGUUUCGGUGCUGCCACAGGAGCGCCUGCCGAGCGCCAAGUAACCGAUGGAGAUGGCGGCCGCGCCGGUGUGAUGAACCGUGGAGGCCCAGAGCCCGUGCCAAGGCUUCUCCCACGGACUCCAGUGAGGAAACCUCGCCCAGGGCCAUGAUACCACUUGCACAUCAUCUGUGUGCUGCCUGGUUAAGUUAAUGCUGCGGGAGCCCUGGUCCUUUGCGGAGGAAUCCAGCUGAGGGUUGGCAUGAGGCUCCUGCCUUGUGCGGGUUGAGAGGGACACUGUCAUGGCCUCUCUGGAUGACCCAGGAGAAGUGAGGGAGGGCUUCCUCUGCCCUUUGUGCCUGAAGGACCUACAGUCUUUCUAUCAGCUUCAGUCCCAUUAUGAAGAAGAGCACUCCGGGGAAGACCAUGAUGUCAAAGGGCAAAUUAAAAGUCUUGUCCAGAAGGCUAAGAAAGCAAAGAACAGGCUGUUGAAACGAGAAGGAGAGGACCGAGCCGAAUCAGGGACCCAAGGAUAUGAGUCUUUCAGUUAUGGAGGGGUUGAUCCUUACAUGUGGGAACCCCAGGAGCUUGGAGCUGUGAGAAGCCAUCUUUCUGACUUCAAAAAACACCGAGCUGCCAGGAUUGACCACUAUGUUGUUGAAGUCAAUAAAUUAAUAAUCAGGUUAGAGAAGCUCACUGCAUUUGACAGAACGAAUACUGAGUCGGCUAAGAUCCGAGCAAUAGAGAAGUCCGUGGUGCCUUGGGUCAAUGACCAGGAUGUCCCUUUUUGUCCAGACUGUGGGAAUAAGUUUAGCAUCCGUAACCGCCGUCACCACUGCCGCCUCUGCGGGUCUAUUAUGUGCAAGAAGUGUAUGGAGCUCAUCAGCCUUCCCUUGGCAAACAAGCUCACCAGUGUCAGCAAGGAUUCCCUGAGCACCCACACCAGCCCCAGCCAGUCACCCAACAGUGUGCAUGGCUCCCGCCGGGGCAGCAUUAGCAGCAUGAGCAGCGUGAGCUCCGUCUUGGACGAGAAGGAUGACGACAGGAUCCGCUGCUGCACACAUUGCAAGGACACGCUGCUCAAGAGAGAGCAACAGAUGGAUGAGAAGGAGCACACCCCGGACAUUGUGAAACUCUAUGAGAAAUUACGCCUUUGCAUGGAGAAAGUUGACCAAAAAGCUCCUGAAUACAUCAAGAUGGCAGCAUCAUUAAAUGCUGGAGAAACAACCUACAGUCUGGAACAUGCCAAUGACCUUCGAGUAGAAGUGCAAAAAGUAUACGAGUUAAUAGAUGCUUUAAGUAAGAAGAUCUUAACCUUAGGCUUGAACCAGGAUCCUCCGCCACAUACAAACACUUUGCGGCUGCAGAGGAUGAUCAGAUACUCAGCGACACUUUUUGUGCAGGAAAAGUUGCUUGGUUUGAUGUCACUGCCAACGAAAGAACAGUUUGAGGCACUGAAGCAGGAGGUGGAGAAGAAGAGGAUCCUGGAGAAACAGGCUGCCCUGGAAUCCCAGCGAAGGCUUGAGGAAAGGCGGAGGGACCUGCCAUCUCGUGCCAAUGGGGAGGUGGCAUCCCUUCGCAGGGGCCAUGUCCCCUUGAGAAAGGCUGAGGGCUGGCUCGCCCUGUCAGGAGGCCAAGGGGAGAGCGAGCACUCGGACCCCCUCCUACAGCAGAUCCACAACAUCACGUCGUUUAUCAGGCAGGCCAAGGCCGCAGGCCGGACAGACGAAGUGCGCACACUGCAGGAGAACCUGCAGCAGCUGCAGGACGAGUACGACCAGCAGCAGACAGAGAAGGCCAUCGAGCUGUCCCGGAAGCAGGCUGAGGAGGAGGACCUGCAGCGGGAGCAGCUGCAGAUGCUAUGUGAACGUGAGUGGGAACGAGAAAGGGAGCAGUUCCAGGCAGCAUCCCUGCACACACGGACCCGGUCCCUGGACUUCCAAGAAGUCAGGCCUUUUCAGCUGGAGCCCAGCAGACAGCCUCGCACCCACCUUGCUCAUGCUUUGGAUCUGGGCUCCUCCCCCAUUCAGAGCAGUGCGGCUCCCAAGACCCCUUCACCCAGCUCAGCUCUCGAGCCCCUCCGAGUGUGGUCUGGGCCCCCAGUGCUUGGCCCGGAAUUGCUCCCCCAGAGCACCUCAUCGCAGUCACAUGGGGUCCCCUCCCUAAACCCCUUUGAGGAGGAGGACCUCUCCAGCCCGGCUGCAGAGGGCUCUAGCAGCCCUCCUGCUACAGAGCCUUCUUUCGGCUCUUCAUCCCGCAUCCUCAAAGAUUACAAUCCUUUUGAGGAAGAGGAGGAAGAGGAGGCAGUGGAAGGGAAUCCCUUCACUAACUCAGACAGCCCAGCACCCACCCCUUUCGAGGAGGAAGACGAGCGUCCUCACCAGACGCACGCAAGCCCUCCUGUUCCUGGCAACCCCUUCGAGGAAGCCGUCGGUACCAACCCCUUCGAGCUGGACAGUGACGGUGGGCCUGAGGGCGAGGAGCCCAUAGAAGAGGAGCUCCUCCUGCAGCAGAUCGAUAACAUCAAGGCGUACAUCUUUGACGCCAAGCAAUGCGGCCGCCUGGACGAGGUGGACGUGCUGACGGAGAACCUGCGGGAGCUGAAGCGCACCCUGGCCAAACAGAAGGGGGGCGCUGGCUGACCAGCCGGUGGGCAGGGCACCGUUGUGUCCAGGGCCUGGCAGGAGCCAGUGGAGCAGGAGAGAGGGCUGGUGGGGUUGAUGGGAAGGAGGAAGGGUAAGAAUUAAGAUGCACACAGGUUAGGGGAGGAAAUCUGCUAUUUCGUGCUGUGCAUCUGGAGGUUUUUCCAUUAUAGCUGAAUAAUAAAAUGGGAACUAGAACAGGAAGAAUCAGCAUUCAUUUGCUGGGGUUUUUUCCUGUUUUUUUUUUUCAUUUUGUUUUUGUUUUUUUUUUAAUUGGGUUUUCCCUUUAGAGGACUUAAAAUUUUCACUACUGAGAUAAAACUAAAUGCAAUUCUGUUGGGCCCAGUCCAGAGAUGGCUACUGGUUCAUUUGCUCCUACCUAGUCUUUGGUCAUUAUGCAGUAUUACAGGGCAGCCUUUAUAGGGCCCUUCCUUUAGCCAAGACGGACGGACAAGAUGGAUUUCUUUAAACCUUACUCUACUCUGGCAGAAGUCUGUCCCCAUUAGACUGUGGUUUCCUUUCGUUUGGGGCUUCCUCUGCCCUGCUGGGUACAUCCUGCCUGUGCAAUGGAAGGGAGAGGCAUUGCUGAGAAGGCACUAGUUUAGACCCCGGAGAGCCCAGCACCUCUUUUUAAGAGGGGGUAACGGGGAACGAGGUUUCACCAGGGUCUGUUUCCCUCUGUUGAAGUUCUUGUUUGUCUCUUUUAGGAAGUCAGACUCCCAGCGCUGGGUAGCUCUGUGAGUCUGACCGUGAGCUUUUUAGAAAACAGAGGUGGUUCACUUUAUGGUUGAUCGAGGUAGUAAUAUUUGGGAGAAGAGUCUCCACCCAAAUGUUGCUCUGUUGAAACUGAAUGACUGCUGGAACAAUUGUCUGUCCUUGGAGAAACCUCUAGAGCUUUGGCAAAAUUACAUGGACCUGGAAUUCUUCAGAGGGCCCCGUCUAUAACUUAGGAAUUGGUGACCAGGAAGCUUUUGUGGCACAUUGUCGGGAAUGUUGUCAGGAAGCUGCCCUAAGUCAGAAGAUAAAUAUAAUUUCUAAGCCUAGCUGAUCAACCUUCUUCCCUCCUCGUUCACCCUGUCCUGACUUGGGGCACUGGUGAGAUACUUUCUUCCCAAUGUUUAGCACUAAGAAACUAAAGUGUCAGAAGAGGCACAACCCUGAACCAUUUUGGUACCACUGUAGUAUGUGAACUCUUCAUCAAUUAAGGACAAAAAGGGAAAUUAUUAAUUUAGCUCUGGUGCUUUGGUUACAGGAACAUAACCCUUAACUGACAUCUGACAUCGUGAUACCUAAGUGUGCUCAGCUGUGGGUAGAGUUCCUGCAGUUACACUUGUUAAUUAAUGAACAAUAACUGACCACUAGUCACUUUAUUCCCCUUAACUGACUGGGUCAGACUCUCACUGGUUACUGGUGUGAGGGCUCCAAUUCAUUUUGUUACGUGCUGGGAAGACCCCGGUUGAUCUUGGGAAUGUUUGAAAAACAUUGUGGUAUUACAAUAAUCUGUAUUUGUGUUGACACUAUUCACAGUUCGUUAGCACCCACUGGAUCUUUGGCUGAAUGAAAAGGUCCUGUAUAGGGGUGUGGGAAUGGGGAGUUGGUGGAGGGUUUGUGGUGGACCCUUUGCAUUGGGGUUCUGUUCACAAAGGAAUGUGAGUGGGAUACUCACGUCAGCCAGUUACCAACCUUGCUGACUGGUAGUUUUGGCAAGUUGGCAAUCAGGCAUCUAAAAUGUUGCCUGCUAUAGGUGUCCAUUCCCUUCCUGCUGGAAUUCUGGAGGGUUUUAUGGAUGUCUACAUGCCUCUCUCGCUCAGUCUGUCAUUUCUCUCUGACUGAAGAGGAGGAAGCUGUCUGCACCAAAAAGCAGGUAGUUCCAGAAGCUAAAUGCUGCUUUUCAUCAUAAUUUUCUUAUGAGACUAUCUCUUUUAAUUAGCUGAUAGUUUCAGUUAAGACUGGUUUACUAAACAUACCCUUCCCCUGAAAUCAAUCAUGUGUAAGUAACUAAGAGCAUUGAGAAAGACAGGUAAGAAACAUUUUUAAAACUAAAAAAAAAAAAAAAAAUUCAAAUAUCCUAAACCAAACUAAAACCCUCUGAUGUGAUUGAAUUCUUCCAUGGCUGUACUCUUCCAUGAAUUCUUCCAUUUAAUUCUCCCAUGGCUAUAUUCUCCUCUAAUCAUAGACGUGACAGGAGUUAGAAUUCUCUGUCCCUCAACAGUACCAUUUCCCAGAAUUCACACAGGCACAAAGUUGGAUUUCAGAGAUGGGUUAACGUCAGGGAAAAGGUGGCCUGUGAAUUGCAACCGCAACUUCACGUUCUUACCUCAUGGGAAUAUUUCACCUUUCUUGCACUCCUUCAGGCAGAUGGUACCCUUCGUUGGAAAAUGAGCAAGUUCUUCAUAGGGCGUUGGCAAAUCUCCCUAGAUACAGAUCAUAUAUGGAAGAGACUUUAAGGAUUCAGGCAUCAAAUGAAGUUGGCUUUUCCUUUUUAUGCCUUGUUUUUAUUUUUCCCUAACACACUAAAGACUUUUACUCAUUGUACUUGCAGCUCAAUGUGUCUUUGCUGUUCAUAUACUAAAAUGUACCUGAGUCUUCAUGAGCCACGUGAUAGGUUGGACAUUGGCAUAGUUAGGUGAUGGGACUCAAAGUGAGAAGCUGGUCUCUUUACCAGGUCACAGACUGGUAGUAGAUUGUGCUGGUCAUCUGACAGUGAUGGACAGUUUAAGGGUCACUGAUUUGCAUGCACUACUCUGGGGCCUUGUAUUGGAACCUUUUUAAAAAAAUAAAAUAACAAAUGUCA